AUGCGUCCGCCGGCGUGGAGCGCCGCGGGGCCGCUGCUGCUGCUGGCGGCGGCUGCCCUCGCCCUUUCGCCCGCCUCGCCUGCCUCCUCGGCCGGCAAGGAGCGCGCCGCCAAGGCGGCCUCGUGGGACGAGGUGAACGUCCUGGCGCACGGGCUGCUGCAGCUGGGCCACGGCCUGAGGGAGCACGUCGAGCGCACCCGCGGCCAGCUGCGCGAGCUGGCCGGCCGCCUGAGCGCGCACAACGCCUCGCUCGGCCGCCUCGACCGCUCGGCCGGCGAGCAGCGGCAGCAGCUCGGCCGCGCCCAGCGCCUCCUCGACGGCCGCGUCGACGAGCUGGCCGGCCGCCUCCAAGCCCUGGCCGGCCGGCUGGCGGCCCACGAGGGAGCCGCGCGGGGCCGCCUCGACGGCAAGCCGCUGCGCCCCGCCGGCGCCGAGAACGCCAGCGGCAGCCUGCGGAGGAGCGAGCCGGCGCCCGAGCUGGGCGCGUUGCAGAACCUGAUGAGUCGACAGAACUCGAAGAUCGAGGAACUCUUCCAGAAGGUGAAGCAGCAGCAGUACCGGAUGGACAAGCAAAACCUACAGAUCAAAAGCCUUCAGAGCAAGGUGAAUAUGCUGAUCCCGUUGCACAUCAAAGAAAACGAAAUGCAGAGUCCGAAAUGGAAGCCGGACGUCCCGGAGAACGUGGAUCCGGCGGUCGACCGCAGCCGAAACACCAGCUCUAAGUCUCUGGAUGCUUUGAAGUUUCCAGUAGGCUGCCAUCAGCUCUUCCUCGAAGGGGAGCAAAACAGUGGGGUAUUCCGGAUCAAGCCCCCUGGCUCCCAGGAUUUUGAAGUCUUCUGUGACAUGACCCCAGGGAAUGGAGGCUGGAUGGUGAUUCAGAGGCGACAGGACGGAUCUGCAGAUUUUGACCAGCUGUGGGAAGCCUACAGGAACGGCUUUGGAAAUAUGAGCGGUGAUUUCUGGCUGGGCCUCGAGAAAAUGCACCUGAUCGUGAAAGAGAGGCGCUUCCACUUGCUGAUCGAGAUGCAGGACUGGGAAGGGAACUCCCAGGCGGUCCGGUUCCUCUUCAGCCUGGGGGGAGAAGACACGGCGUAUACCCUCAGCCUCCUAGGACCCCUCCUCGGCGAGCUCGAGAACGCCAUGGGCGACUUCCCGCAGCUGCCCUUUUCCACGCGGGAUCGGGACCACGACCUCAAGGGAGACACCAACUGCGCCAAGCACCUCUCGGGUGGUUGGUGGUUCAGUGCCUGUGGCCACGUCAAUCUCAACGGGAAAUUCUUCCGUUCCAUCCCGCGCCAGCGGCACGAGAGGAAGCAAGGCAUCUUCUGGAAGACGUGGCGGGGGCGGUACUACCCCCUACGCUCGACGGCCAUGAAGAUCCGCCCUGCUGAGCCGGGCGCGGCGUCCUAAAGCCGCCGGGGAGCCUGGGCGGCCCUCCGGUCCAUCGUCCUGCUGAGACGCAGGCGUGUCCCAUCGCUCCUGCUAUGGUGGGGGAUGGGGCCCUCCCUGCAGGGGGUUCUCUGCUGGAUUCCAGUUGGGAAAGCCACAAGGACUCUUCCGUUUGCGAGAGGCGCCCCUUACGUUGACGUAGCGGCACAAGGCUGGCUUCUCCGUCAGGAGGAGGACAA